UGCGCGAUCAUUUCCGCAGGGAAUUAUCAAAAGUCCAUAACAGUCGUUCAGGAGACCCUGGAGGAAUUUCAAAAAAACCUAAAUGCUUUUCCUAAAAGAUACUUUAGCUGCACGACCAUCGAGUGGUAAUAUAACGAUUAGAGAAAAACAUGAGGAGACAAAUUCUGAACAUAAUGAUGACUCUAAUAAUAGCAUACAUGAUGAUACUCAGGCUGACAAAGAUGAGAUAGCUAUAGAAGAGAUUGAAACAGUAAAUGAGGCAGACAAUUUUCGAACUCCUAGCAGACAAAAGAUAGUAAACGAGCACAGAAAUCGGUUAUUACCAACUAAGAAACAAAAAACCGAUAAUAUUUACGAACAACUUUUGCAUAUUGAGAAAAAAAAGCUGGAGACAUAUUCGGCACGGUCGUCACUUGCUGGUGAUAGUGAUUACCAUUUUGUAAUGAGCCUCUUACCACAGUUGAAACAACUUACACCUGUGAGAAAUAUGCAAAUGCGUGUGAAUAUUCAGCAACUGUUUUUAAACGAACAAAUUUAUAUGCAGUCUGGUUUUGGUCAAGUCUCAAAUCCACAGCAAGCUACCGUUCCUACUCCGCAGAUUUCAUCAUGUACUACUGCUACUUCAGGAUCUACUGGAGCAUCUGUUUCACAACCAAUAAACUCUUAUAGUACAGAGUACCCCGAAAUAUUGAAUGCUUCAUCCAACAGCGAACAGGAGGGAAAUUCAGCUCGAUAUUUUCAUAGUUUUACAUAA